AUGGCUCCUGCUUCGCCUCGAUUACGAAUACUCUCGGUUGGGGGUAAUUCUGUUUCUGCAUUUCUAUCAUGGAGGUUGCAGGCCACAAAUGCCUGCGAUGUUACGCUGGUAUGGAAGUCCGGUCAUGAUACAGUAUCGCAAUAUGGCAUAUCUUUUAAGUCAGGCAAAUUCGGUAACGAGAGGUUUAAGCCACAUUCCGUUGUUCGUUCACCAGAAGAAGCUGCUGGCAUUCCUGGAGGAUUCGACUACGUCCUUCUGUGCGUAAAAGCACUACCGGACCUCUACGACGUAGCCGCGAUAAUCGAUUCAGUAGUCACCCCACAGCACACCUGCAUUGUUGUAAACACCACAUACAGCCUGGGAAUAGAAUCAUAUCUAGAAUCGCGAUUCCCUACGAAUAUUGUAUUGUCGCUCGUAAAUGGGGCCAACAUCAUCCAGUCAGGCCCAAGCGAGUUUGAACAUGCUGGCGCCUCGGAAGUAUGGGUUGGCUCAACAAAUCAGAACCCCAGCAUUCCAAUGACCCUCCAACUAGAUAUGGCAGAGGCCUUGGCUUUGACCCUAGCAUCUGGAAAUGUUGAAUGCCAUGUAUCGGCAAAUAUUCGGCAACAACAAUGGGAGAAAAUGAUUGGACCCAUAGCCUUUCAGCCGCUAAGUGUACUUCUUGAGACGCCAGUUCACUCAGUGUUGAUAGAGAAAGCAGGCGCCAAGAAGCUUAUUCCAGACCUAAUCGACGAGCUUAUUGACAUUGCAAAGGCGCAAUCAUGUUCGUUCUCAGAAGAUUUUAAGCAGAAAACUAUUGAUGAACAACUUCAAGCACCACAAAGCAUGAUGUACCAGGACUUUGUUGCCCGGAGACCUUUGGAGAUUGAAAAUUAUUUGGGUUCACCAAUUAAAUUUGCGCAAGCUGCUGGGGUUAAAGCGAGCCACUGCCAGGCAUUGUAUACAGUUCUUCAUCAUGUCAAUACGGCCAACCAGACAAGGCCUCCUACAUCUCCAGCUGCUUCAAUCAAUGGCCCUAGUCCACGCCCAAUGCAGAAUGGCCCACAGCAACCCAGACCUCAACAGAACGGCAUAAACGGCAUGAACAGUCAACGUCGACCACCGCCUCCUUCUAUGGGUGGCCCUCCAAUGGGUGCAAGGCGUGGUCCGCCACCUCAUCAGCCAUAUGGGCCUAAUCCGAAUGGACUCCACCCUAACGGGUACCCCCGAAGACCACAAAAUGGCAGCAAUUCCCCACAACCUCCUUCGAGAACAGUCUCACGCAGGAAUUCGUUUGAUAAUGACCUUGAGGAAUUCGGACACCUUGCUCUAUACGAUGAAUUGGCGGAUAGCGAGGAGUUACCGCACCAGCAGGAUGGAGGAGAACAUAUUCAACCUAGUCGAAGCCGUGCGCCAUCUGCUGGUGAAAUGGCACUUCGGGAACGCGAGUUCCAACUGAGACAAAGGGAAUUAGCACUUCGAGAACAAGAGAUCAGUAUGCGCCAGAAUGGCCACAGCAUCAAACAAGGCAGGAGAAAAAGUCGGGCCAGGAGUGUGUAUGAUGACGACGACGAUGAAGAUGAUGGCUAUGUUGAUGCACCACCACCUAUGCCACCAAUCGACCCCGAUAACUUUGAUAUGAUGAGUUUGACGUCACGGAGGACCAGAAGGCUGCCCAGUGCAGGUAACUUGAGAGGGUCUGAGGUCGAUGCAGCGGCCAUGCCACCGAACAGAACAAGACAUUCAAUGGCUCCGAGCAGACCUGGUCCUAGAAGUCGGGCGAGUGCCAGGCUCAUGAGUGAUGUUCCUGAUUCAUCACGAGCCAAUUCUUUGACCGCUCGCGGCUUGGAUGAGAUUACUGGGAUGUCAGUAAGAGGAGGAGGAGGGGCAUAUCCACCUCAUCCAGGCCAGAUGCCACCGCCGCCAAAUCGACGAACGAGCAUGUCACCUGGUGAUGUGCGCCCGAACGGCCAUGGGCCUCGCCCUGGGUACCCAGCAGAUCAGCGAAACUUUAGACACGCGUCAAACACCCACCCUCCAAAUGGCCAUUUCCCCAAUGGUCAUCCGCCGCCCAAUGGGCCCUUGAGACAACCGAGCCCGAGAUUUCCUGAAGGACAAGUGCUACCGCAGCAGGCUGGACAGAUUCCUGACGGGUACUACGGUUCGAGUAGCCUUGAGAGGAGGAUGGUGACUGCAGUGCGGUAA